AUGAAGUCUACUACCAUCUCUUUCGCCAUUGGCGCACUGGCUGCUACUGUUGCUGCCGCUCCUACAGCUAUCGACUACACCCCACCAGGUGGUUGGGGAUCCGUGGAUUAUAGCAACGUAGACUACAGCAAAGUGGACUUUACCAAGGUCGACUACAGCCACGUCGAUUACAGCAAGGUCGAUUGGACCAAGGUUGAUUACAGCCAGGUCGACUACAGCAAAAUCGACUGGAGCAAGGUUGACUAUGGAAACAAGGGCUACGGCCAAUGGGACAGCGCUGUGAAGAUCUUCACCUCGACGUACAGCGUCAUUGCCACUCCAGACCAGGUUGUCAAUGGCACAGGCGCCGCGACCACAUUCACUGGUGGUUUGAAGGGCAGCAAAGGCUUCUUCAAUUACGGCAUAAUUGCUGACUCGAACACCAUCUGCUACCGCAUCGAGAUUUACGGAUUCAGAGGAAACUAUCAGUCGCCAGCAACGACGGCAACACACAUCCACCAGGCUGCCAAAGGACAGAAUGGGUCGCCACGCAUCGCCUUCCCGAACCCCGUCGCCGUCGACGAACACAAGCCAGAGGGUAAGAGGGUCAGUGUUGGAUGUGUCAGUGGACCCUUCACCACCGGAGUAAUUACCAAUGGUGCGGACACCGGCACUGGUUUCCACGUCAGCCAAAUCGAGAAGGAUCCCAAGGGUUUCUUUACCGAUAUCCACUCUAGCCUGGCGGUUCCUGGUGCGUUUAGAGGACAGCUGGCCUAG